AACUUAGGCUCGUUACUCCCACACUACUGAUAUAAACAAAAGGGCUUGUUAUUCUAGCUUCCAGAAGUUCCGAUGAGGCGGGGUCUGACAUUCAUAGGAAAGGAAGAGAGUCCAAGUAUAGAAAGGAAAGAAGAAGAAUAGGAGGGGAAUCGUCCAAUAAGAAGCCCAACAUAACUCAACAUGAGCGAGAUUCCCAAACGAGAGGACUGUCACGAUCACGUCUUGGCAGAUGUCCUGGCGAAGGAAGGAGGCUCCGUCCCAGCCUUCCUUAACGCCGUUUUUGGUUUCCUAUCAAGGCAGUGUCCGGAGGAAUUGUACAACAGCUCACAGAUUUCUGGAGAACAUCUUAUUAGUCAGUCUUACUGCAAGUGGCGGCAGAAGUACAUGCAAGAGAAGACUCAGAAAUCACUUCAGUCAUUGCAGUGCAAUCCAGAAUGUGAUGUACCGCCAGCUGUGGCUGAGGAAGAGGUGGCUGCAGAGGAGCCUGAACAGAAGAGGAAUGCAGAUACUUCUCCCAAGACAAAAGCCCAGAAAAGUGUGAAGGAGACCCAACCCCACAGCAGCUUCAAUGCCAUCAAUGGAGCUGUUAGGGAAUCAUAUGCUUGGACACAGAGCAUUGAAGAUUUGGAAGUCAGGAUAUGUGUUCAUGAUAGCGUGCGGAAAGGAAGACAGGUUAAAGUGAAACUUCAGCCCAUGCGUUUGGAGGUGGGUGUUCAGGGGUCAUCUACUGCAUGGCAAACACUCGUUACAGGAGAGUUUCCUCAUGCAAUCAAAGUGGAGGACUCAGUCUGGUCUUUGGUACCAGGAGACCAUAUAUUGAUCCACAUGGAGAAAACAGAGGAGCGGUGGUGGGACAGACUACUGACCAGUGAGGACUCGAUAGACCUAAAAACAAUUAAUGCAGAGAGGGACUUUGCUACACUACCUGAGGAAGACCAGCAGAGGAUACAAGAGCUGGUUUGGAACAAGAGGCAACAGGAACUUGGUAAACCUACAUCAGAUCAGACAAGAAUGGAGUCAGUGUUGCGAGAAGCAUGGAAUGCUGAGGGUUCUCCAUUCCUGGGCCAGCCUUAUGAUCCUACUGUGAUAAAUUUCGCAUCUAAUCUAGAUUUUAAUCGGUAGGACUGGUAGUACUGUUCAGAAAUUCUUCAACAUUUUAUCUGAUUUUUUUUUUUUAUAUAUAUAAAGGAAUUCAGAAAUAUAUUAUAUAUUUCCUUAGAACAGUAACUUAUGAGUAGUUAUAUGUCAGUGUAUUCAGUCUGGAAUUUUAAAUAAAUUAUUAAACAUA